AUGAGGUAUGAAAUUUUGUCAGCACUUUUGGGGGUAGCUCAGAUGGCAUUGACCGAAACUAAUGGUGAAGAGAUGUUGUUGUUAGAAAAACGUCGUGGUGGAGGUGGACAUGGCCAUGGAGGAGGAGAAUCUGGAGGGGGAGAAUCUGGAGGAUCUACAGGGGAUUCCUCUGGAGGAGGUGAUGCUGGUUCCAGUUCAGGCUCUUCAGGCUCCUCAGGCUUUUCAGGAUCUUCAGGCUCCUCGGGAUCAGACUCAGGGUCAGAAUGGGGAUCAGAUUCAAGUUCGGGCUCAGGGGGUAAAUCAGGUUCAGACUCUGAAUCUGAUGGCUCUGAUUCAAGUGUUGGAGAUUCAGGAAGUUCCGACUCAGGAACCACUGGAGCUGGAAGUACUGGAUCAGGAACAACUGGGUCAGGAACUGCCGGUACUGCUGGACUUCGUCACGGACAUGGAAAUUCCACCAAUUCUUCUGAUACCUCAGAUUCUGACACCUCAGAUACUUCAGAUACUUCAGACAUUUCAGUCUCAGAAAGUUCAAGUUCAAGUUCAGACAGUUCAAGUUCAGACUCUAGUUCCUCAACUAGUGCAACUAGCUCAACUACUUCCGAUUCAUUCGCCUACAAAAUAGCCACCAACAAUCCCCUCAUUUGUUUGGCUAUAGGUAUUCUUCUUAUAUAG